AUGGAGGCGGGAGCACCUCUGCUGGAGGCGUCAGGCGAGAAGGCGAGGCGGUGGCGGGCGAUAUCAAAGGAGCUGAAUCGAGUUAACUUCAUCGCGUUGCCGAUGAUUGUGGUGACCUUAUCGCAGUACCUGCUGCGCGUGUCGCCCAUUUUCAUGCUCGGCCAUUUGGGGGAACUUUCUCUCUCUAGCGCCUCAAUUGCCACUUCUUUCUGCAACGUCACCGGAUACAGCUUGCUGUUUGGGAUGUCUAGUGCUUUGGAAACUCUGUGUGGUCAGGCGUACGGUGCAAAGCAGUUUGAGAGGGUCGGGACUUUUACGUAUGGGGCCAUCUUAUGCCUGUUUAUGGUGUGCAUACCGGUUUCCGUCCUGUGGAUUUACACGGAGGAGGUGCUAGUGUUCAUGGGCCAAGAUCCUCUUAUCUCUUCCCAAUCAGGAAAAUACGCAAUCUUGUUGAUCCCUACAUUGUUUCCUUACGCCAUCCUUCAGUCGUUGGUUCGGUACUUGCAGACUCAGAGUUUGAUCCUCCCGAUGCUUUGGAGCUCGUUUGCUUCCCUGUGUUUUCAGCUGCUCCUCUGUUGGGUUUUCAUAUUCAAGCUAAAUUUGGGGAGUGCAGGAGGGGCACUUUCCAUUGGGAUGUCUUCUUGGUUUAAUGUCAUCUUGCUCGGGCUCUAUGUGAAAUUCUCUCCAAACUGUGAGAAGACAAGUGCCACUUUUUCAAAGGAUGUUUUUGCAACUAUGGGGGAGUUCUUUCGGUUUGCUAUCCCCUCGGCUGUCAUGGUUUGCCUGGAGUGGUGGUCAUUUGAGCUAGUAAUAUUGCUUUCGGGAGUGUUGCCAAACCCACAGCUGGAGACAUCAGUUCUUUCCAUAUGCUUCACAAUUACUUCAUUGCACUAUCACAUCCCUUUUUCAUUUGGUGCUGCCGCAAGCACUUUAGUAUCAAACAAGCUGGGAGCGGGUAAACCGGAGGCAGCCAAAGUCGCUCUGUGUGCAGUUUUGGUUCUUUCGGUUUCGGAGUUUCUCUUAGCCAGCCUUACUAUCUACAUUUUUCGUGGCAAAUUAGGAUAUGCAUUUAGUGGGGAGAAGGAAGUCAUUAGUUACAUUAAAGACAUGGCUCCUUAUCUCUGCCUCUCUAUCAUCAUGGACAGCUCACAGUCUGUACUUUCAGGAGUGGCUAGAGGUAGCGGAUGGCAACAUAUAGGGGCUUACGUGAACUUGGGAUCUUAUUAUUUGGUAGGCAUUCCGGUGGCUUUGCUACUCGGGUUCGUUUUUCACUUUAAAGGCGAGGGUCUAUGGACUGGAUUGGUAGCAGGGGCCACUGUACAAGCACUCUCACUAUCACUAAUAACCACUCUAACAGACUGGGAAAAACAGUCAAUGCAAGCAAGAGAGAGAAUUUUCGCGGGGAAACCUCUACCUGACGACCAGUCUGCUUGA